AUGCCCACUCCGGGAACCGUAAGGAGGCCGGGCUGCGAAAGCUGUCGCUCAAGUGAUGUCGAUGGUAAUCGAGGAGAGGCCCAAUACGAAUUCUCAGAUACGCAAAAGUGGUGCCGGGUGUCAGGGAAGAGGAUACGCUUCAUCGACGAGACUGCCGACAUAAACAGCCUCCACAACGAUGGAUUCGACUCUGACGACGAAGACUUCAUCUCAAUCGAAGAUAAUCCCCCGAGUCCACCAGCACCACCGCCGCGGCGGACCAAGAAAAGACAAGAUGAAUUUGUCAAGCCGUCACCGCCGAAUCGUCUAAGCCGUACCUCGGACGCCGCUGCCAACGAAACUGGCCAGAGUCCUUUGCCCAUUGAGAAAGGCCAGCCGUACCCCUUGACGAAGUUACCCGCCCUGCACCCUCAUCCUGCGUUCCGAAGCCCAUCGUCAGGCCACUUGGAGUCAGACGAUGCGCCGCGAUCCUUCUCUCCGGUGCCUCGGAGCGCCAUCAGCGACAUUGGUAGCGGGAGCCACUGCGAUGACCCUAGCUUGCCCGAGCCGCGUCGAUCCUUCAGUUCCGCCAACUUUCCGUUGGAAGACCGUCGUGAGGCAGAUUUAGUUCGCCACUUCAGGGAGUUCAUCGCAGCCUCGUUCGACUAUGGCGACCCGCAUAACCGGAUCUCGGUUCUCCUUCUGCAGCACGCUGCUCUUAGCCCCGUGCUUCUCAAUGCUGUCUUAGCUGUGUCAGCAAAGUCAAAAGAUGAGGGCGACAGCCUGAACUUCUUUGACAAGCCUGCAGAACGAUACUAUGAGAUGACUAUGGAGCUCCUACAGCCUGCCUUGGACGACGCUGUUCCCGAGGUAGAUGAGGCACAGAUUGCUGCCGCCGUUUUACUAAGGCUUUAUGAGAAUAUCUAUAAACAUGUCGAUUUUGAUCGCUCACUCCAACCGGCGGACGAUGACAUCUGGGCAUGGCGGAUGUGUCUCCACACCGUCGACGUACUCAACUACUGCUAUGGGGAAAACAAGCCUCGCGAGACUUACGAACAGCUGGUAUCCUACGCCGCAAAGUGGAUGAGAUUGGUCCCAGAGUCUUUCACGCCGGUUUUAGUACAAGCCCCGUUGCGCGGUAGCUUCUUCCCAGAGAUCUUCCUAUUGAACGACUCUGUCGUAAUGGGGCUUCUGUUCUACCACAUCAACCGUAUCCUCUUGACAAUACAUAACCCAGAUGCGCAGCGAUUGGCCAAAGUAUCCAAACAAGCAGCUCGGUCGAUCAACAACGAGAUCUUUACCGACGUGAGAAUUCUUGCCGGCAUGGCAGACUCGAUCAGCCCUUGUAAUCCGGCUCACAUGUAG